GUCCCUGGAGUCGGGAAGGGGGGCCGGGUAGCGAUGGUCGCAAGAUGGCGGCGCUGAGGGAGAAUCGGAGCUACGGGCUGUCGUGCGGGCGGGUGAGCGACGGUAGCAAGGUGUCCGUGUUUCACGUGAAGCUCACCGACAGUGCCCUGAGGGCCUUCGAGAACUACCGGGCCAGCCAGGAUUCUGUUUCACUGAGACCAUCAAUUCGAUUUCAAGGAAGCCAAGGGCACAUCUCUGUCCCCCAGCCUGACUGCCCCUCAGAGGCUCGGACCUUCUCCUUCUACCUCUCCAACAUUGGCCGUGACAGCCCCCAGGGCAGCUUCGACUGCAUCCAGCAGUAUGUCUCCAGCCAUGGGGAUGUACACCUGGACUGCUUGGGUAGCAUCCAGGACAAAAUCACAGUGUGCGCCACUGACGACUCCUACCAGAAGGCACGGCAGAGCAUGGCACAGGCGGAGGAGGAGACGCGGAGCAGGGGUGCCAUUGUCAUCAAGGCCGGAGGCCGAUACCUAGGCAAGAAGGUUCAGUUUAGGAAACCAGCCCCAGGAGCAACAGAUUCUGUGCCCUCCCGGAAGCGGGCAACUCCCAUCAACCUGGCAAGUGCCAUCAAGAAGAGUGGUGUUAGUGGGGGUAGUGGGGUGUCUCAGAGACCUUUCCGUGACCGGGUGCUGCAUCUUCUGGCACUGAGGCCCUACCGGAAGGCGGAACUGCUGCUGCGGCUCCAGAAAGAUGGCCUGGCCCAGGCAGACAAGGACACGCUGGACAGCCUUCUCCAGCAGGUGGCCAAUGUGAGUGCCAAGGACGGCACAUGCACACUGAAGGACUGUGUGUACAAGGAUGUGCAGAAGGAUUGGCCUGGCUACUCGGAGGGGGACCAGCAGCUACUAAAGCGCAUGCUUGUCAGGAAGCUGUGCCAGCCGCAGAGUGCAAGCAGCCUCCCUGGAGACUCCGCUGCCACCAGCCCUCCAAGAGAGCAUGGGAGCUCGGUCUCACCCCCGCAGAAACGCCCCCAGCCUCCUGAUUUUAUCGACCCUCUGGCCAACAAGAAACCAAGGAUAUCGCACUUCACACAGAGAGCUCAGCCCGCCCUCAAUGGGAAGUUAAGUGUGCCCCACACCAGGGAAGCCCUGCUGCCCACCCCAGGCCCACUGACUGGCACAGAUGCCCACCUACCUCCACGGCUGGAUCCUCCGAGGGCACACGACCCUCUGGCUGAUGUCAGCAAUGACUUGGGCCACAGUGGCCGGGACUCUGAUCGUGGGGAAGUGGCCACCUCAGUCCCCACUGCGUGCCUAAGCCUGCCCCUGCUGAAGGACUGUGCCCAGCCCAGCAAACCCCACAGCAGCUCGUCUCGUGGCAAGUCCAAGAAGAAGUACAAGAAGCACAAGGACAAGGAGAGGGCAGCUGAGGACAGGCCCCAGGCUGAGCCACCAGACCUUGUGCUUGGCUCCCUUGGAGCCCCACCAGGUGCCCCGGAAAAUACGCCACCAUCUCCUCAUCGGAGCAGCGCCAGAGCUAUAAGAAUGACUUCAAUGCUGAGUACAGUGAGUACCGAGACCUACACGCCCGCAUCGAGCAGAUCACCCGGCGCUUCACACAGUUGGAUGCCCAGCUCCGGCAGCUCUCCCAGGGCUCCGAGGAAUACGAGACUACUCGUGGGCAGAUUUUGCAGGAGUAUCGCAAAAUCAAAAAGACCAACACCAACUACAGCCAGGAGAAGCACCGUUGUGAGUACCUGCACAGCAAGCUGGCCCACAUCAAGAGGCUCAUUGCUGAGUAUGACCAGCGGCAGCUGCAGGCUUGGCCCUAGCCCAGGCCAUAGGACAGGAGCUUCCCCACCCUGGAUCAGGGGAGCUGGGGCAGGGGGGCGGGGGGAGCUAAAAAAUGGGGGGAAAUUUAUUUAACAAAAAUAAACACAAGGAAGACACGUUCAUCUGAGCCAGCAAUGCCGGCUUUCAGGAGAGCCCCUGCAGACCUGGCACCCACAGGUCACAGAUCCAGAUGGGGUGUCCCGAUCCCUGGCCCCCAUACCUCCUGAGCAGCCCUUGCCUGGAACAAGCUCCCUAGGAAGCCCACCUCUUCACUGACUACAGCC